AUGGGCGUGGAGGCGCACCUCACGAUGGCGCACGCUCUCGAGCACGCUGGGCUGCAAACAGACUGGAAGCCUGCGACGUGGCUGUAUGCUUUGCAGAUGUCGUUCACCGCGUUCUACACCGUAGAGCUAUCAAUCUUCCUGCGGCUGAUUGUGCACAGGCACCAUUUUUUCACAUGCGCUAACAAGUACUGGAAUUUGUUUGAUGUGGUUGUUGUGCUCACAGCGUUGUAUGAGACUGCGUCAGGAUUCAUAUCCUUCGACGCUUAUGUCUCCAUCAAAGUGGCUUGGUUGCGGCUCUUGCGGCUUUUGAAAGUGCUGAAGAUGUUCCGGUUGAUCCGUCUUCUGCGCUUCUUCCGAGAGCUUCGGACAAUGUUGGCGUCAUUGAUGGGAUGCGCGUUGGCCCUUUGUUGGUCUUGCGCGGUGCUGAUAUCCCUCAAGUAUCUGUUCGGACUCGUUGUCAUCCAGGGGCUCUCAGGAUAUCUACUUGAUACGCCGCUGGACAAGAUGGACGAAGCUACCGUUGAGGGUAUUGCCGCAUACUGGGGUUCAGUUCCCGAGGCAACCCUCACUCUGUACAAGGCGACCACAGGGGGGUCCGACUGGUCCGACCUCGCGUCGCCCAUCCGCGAGGCGAGUGCCUCCUCCGGCUACGUAUACUAUCUGCUGUUCUUAUUGUACGUUGCGUUCUUCAUGAUCGCGUUGAUGAACGUGCUCACUGGCAUACAUCUGAUGCUGACGCGCGAGCCUGCCACUGUGCUCGCUCGGGCGAAACGAACAAAACAAAGAGAAUGCCCGACACGCUCCGACCGCUGCAAGCGCGUUGGGCGGGUGUUCGUGGACGCUGCGAUCAAGUGCAGGGACAAAGACAACGAGGAGAUGACUGACCUUGUCCUCGAGGAUGCUCGCUCCGAAGACAAGAUCGGACAUUUUAAGGAGUUCCUUCUGGAGCAGAUGGGCGAGCGUGGCAGCUCGAAUGGGCGACGGUUCUCUUGGAGCGUCGUCAGCGAUCACCGCCUGAAGGCACCAGUCAAGGAGUUCUUCAAGUCCUUGCAUAUCGACUAUAGCGAAGCCAGGAAGAUAUUCAAGGUCCUAAAGAUGGAGGGGCAUGCCGACAACGACGUGGGUGUUGACGUCGAGGAGUUCUUGCAGGUGUGCGAAGCCAAGCUGAAGAAUGGCGACAUGGUGCUGGCCGCCCUAGAGUACGAGACCAAGCAGCUCAGCAGGAGCAUUACACCCAUACUGGGCCGCAUGGAUGCCACGAUGGAAGAUGUUUCGAGGCGGAUGAGGCACCUCGAGGAGAGCCGCGUCAGCGAUGGCGGGCAGGGGUGGCCAGGGACCUCCGACUGGGCGACUGGAGGGACAAUGACUCGGGCCGGAGCCCCCCCGCUGCCCUCCUCCGCGCUCGUGGCAGGCGGCAAGAUGGGCGACCCCACCAGGGCACCAAGGCUGGAGACUGCCCCGCACACGCUUCAGGACCAGCCGUGCGUGCUGCUGGACUCCGGGCUGGCUGCGUACUCCGGGCCCGCCCGCCGCCUCCCUCGACGAGUGCGCCUCGAGCCCGAAGAGCAGCGGCAGGAGGCCUCUCUCUCGUGGCGCCCGUGUGCAGGUCGAUGCCUCCGCGUUUGCUCCCGCUGGAGGUGCGCCUGCGAUCCUGGAGCGUGGUUCCUUCUUGCUUGGGGCAGAAUGGGCACUUAUGGCCCCCAGCCCCCACUCCCCCCGGUGCCCUCCGGGCGCUGCCGCCGUGCGCACGGCGGGGGGGAGGCGUUACAUCAUACCCCCCCCCCCCUGGGGCGGCCCUCUCUCUGCCUCCGCCUCCUCCCCCCUCCGCCCGUGCCGGCUGUCGAGGCGACGGCGCUCUCUUUUCACACCCAGCGCAAAUCUAAGGAUGGUGUUCCUCUAGGCAGCUGCUCGUUGUUCACGCCCAAGUAUUCGAGGCACGAUUAG